AUGGCUGAAGAUCAUAACCAAAGAGCUCCUAAGGAAUUCGCCCAACCAUCUAAUGAGGAGCCUAGUUCUAGUAUAGUAAACCCUUCCAUAACAACUAAUAAUUUAGAACUAAAACCCUCAAUCUUACAAUUAGUACAACAAAACCAAUUCGCUGGUCUCGCUUCUGAGAACCAGAACCAACACCUAAAAGCUUUUAUCCAGUUAGCUGACACCCUUAAGGAAAAUGGUGCUCCACUUGAGGAAAUUCGUCUAAGACUAUUCCCUUUCUCCCUUAGAGGUAAAGCACACGACUGGUUAGAUUCCCUUUCAGCCAACUCAAUAACAACUUGGGAAGACCUUAGGAGAGUAUUCCUUGCUAGAUAUUUUCCCCCAAGCAAGGCCGCAUUCCUUAGGAACCUGAUCACUAGGUUUACUCAAAACCAAGGAGAAUCACUUUUUAAAGCCUGUGAGAGAUAUAAAGACCUUUUAAGAGCUUGUCCAUAUCAUGACCUAGAGCAAUGGUUAAUCAUACACACCUUAUAUAAUGGACUCCAUUAUAAUACUAAGAUGUCUAUCGAUGCUGCCGCUGGUGGUGCACUGAUGAACAAACCUUACCCUGACGCUUGUGCCCUAAUAGAAGAUAUGGUCCAAAACCAUUACCAAUGGGGAGCGGAACGAGCGACAGUAGAGAAGAAGGAGACCCAAGGAGGAACACAUGAGGUAGGUUGCAAGGACAUGAUGCGAGCCAAAAUGGACGCCCUAACCUUAAAAGUCAAAAAUAUGUCUCAAAACACUGCCACGGUAGUUGCAAUCCAAUCUGAAUGUGAACUCUGUGGAACCCAAGGACAUCAAACUGCCGAUUGCAACAUACUGAAUGAGUCUAGCUCAUACCAAGUUAAUUACACUCAAGUAAAACCUUUUUCUAAUACUUACAAUCCUGGAUGA